UAAUGGCAUGUAGGCUUUGGCUAGCAACAAGUGGUAAUGGCACUUGCUUGAAAUCAUCUGAAAUCCACUCAUGACUCAUGUGAUGGUGCAGCUUGAGAAGGCUGAGGUAGGCUUUAGUGUUGAAUAAUGCCAAGCGUCCAUGCCUGAGCCUCAAGGGACAAAGAGGAAGAGAGCAUGAGUGAGAGUUGCGAUAAGUUCAAAGAUGACUAACAAAGCACUGAUAGGCCAUAGCACCUCUCAUUAAAGCAUGCUACACUAUGGGUCAGCUAAACAAAUCACCUGGAAAGAAUUUGCUUCAGUUCACCUAAAACUUAAUAUUAAGUCCACAUGCAAUUUAAAAGUCAUUUUAAAAGAAGAUGGCAGAAAACUUUGCCAUGGCAUUUUAGAAGAAGAAAAAAGAAAAAAAGGGAAAUAACUUAUAAGACUUCCUCUUCAAUAUAUAUUCCUAUGCUUCUAUCGACAAGGACAAUUCCAAAUGUGAGCAGCUCCCCAGAUGACAGGCAUACAAUCGCGGCCCUGCAUGAGGUUGCAGGACUGUACUGAUAGAAAUGUAUAACGGCACUAUCUAGAGCAGGUGCGAACCUGAUAGAAUGAGCUGGACAAGAAACUGAAGCCUGUUGACGCCAGUCACUAUGCAUGACAGGUAUAUCAUCUCGAAGAAUAACAAGAACCAAUAUGUUUGCCACUACUGCAAACUAGCAUAUCCUGGUCCACUUCAAAGUACCGAUGGCUCGCCUUUUCUGCUGAAUUAUUGCUGCCCGCAGACCCCUGCUUCUUUUUAUAGCAAUAGAGAAGCAGGGUGAGGCACGAUAACACAAACUUCAGAAACCCUGUCUUCUGCUACUUCCAACAAAGAGAGCAAUGGAGAGAGUACCUGGUGUCGAAGAGCAGAAGUCAGCAGACCAAGUUAACAAAGCUGGUCUAACUGAUGAUAAUACCAUAGUACCAUGGCUGAAGUUGGGUCUUGAUGCGCCAAAAAGUGAAGAAGCCAAGCCUCAAGAGGUGAAACCAGUGGCCACUCCACAUAGGACUUUCUCUUGCAACUACUGCAUGAGAAAGUUCUUCAGUUCCCAGGCCCUCGGUGGACACCAGAAUGCACACAAGAGGGAGAGGUGUGCAGCAAGAAAGUCACACAGAUUUCAGUUGAUGAUGGGCCUUCCUCCAUCUGCUUCCUUUCUCCAACCUUUGAGAGUGAACUCCCACUCCACGAUUCUGAAGGAUCAUGGUGAAAGAGCUUCUGUUGUCGUAGCAAGAUUCGAUGGAGGCCGAAUGAGUGGCUGGAUGCCUUUUGCAAUUGAAGAACCUGGAGGAUUAGUAUGGCCAGGGAGCUUCACAGCAAGUUCAGAGGAGUCCAAGAAGCAAAUAGAGAAAAAUCUUGACUUGACCCUGCGCUUGUAAAUUGUAAUAAGCCGAUAGGUCAUUACAUAUAAGCAUUUUCUGAGAAGUGUAAUAUUUUUCAUAAUUUCUGUUGGGUGAAGAAGUAUAAUGCAUGGUGAGAAUGGAAAGUUUGAAUC